CGAAGUCCGAAUAGGGUAGACGUGAGUUAGCGCGACCGCGUCGAUCGAAUAUAAACACUGACCACAACAGUUGGUUUACCCGGUUCCUAACGCGUUGAAGCCAGUGAUUUUGAACCUAAGAUGAGAUGAGAAACUCAGCAGCAAAUAGAAAAGAAUUAUAUGGACACAUACCUAAAUAGGAAUAACAAAUAAAUACUUAUUUACAAAUUCUAGCACACUGACAAUAACCAAGCCAAAUUACUUAUCGUACAGCAUAAAAAGAAAUAUAGAAUUAUAUAUCGUAGAUUUUUCAAUAUACACACAAGAAGUUAUUUUUCUAAAAUAUAAAAAUAAGAAAGAGAUUAUAAGUUGCUCAAAAAGCUAGUAUCUAGGGCCGUAAAAAGAAUAUUUUAAAUCGAAUUGUUAUUGAAACUUUACGCGAGAACUUUUUUAAACGUAUAAAGAUGAGCAUUGACUCGACGUCGUCGGCCAAAAGGCUGAAUUUGGAGCGGGCCACCAACUUUAUGAGGCAGUUCCGAGACCCGGACUCCAGGGAGCUGAAAAAACUCUCCGCCAACCAAUUUAUGGAAGUGUGGAGCCACUACGACAGAGAUGGUAACGGGUACAUCGAGGGCACGGAGCUGGACGGCUUCCUGAGGGAGUUCGUCUCCAGUGCCAACUUCACCGACAUCAGUCCAGAGGCGGUGUCAGAUUCCAUGCUGGUAGAGCUGAAGGCGUGCUUCAUGGAGGCCUAUGACGACAACCAGGACGGCAAGAUUGACAUACGAGAGUUGGCACAACUCCUGCCUAUGGAGGAGAACUUCCUGCUGCUUUUCCGGUUCGACAACCCGCUCGAGUCCAGCGUCGAGUUCAUGAAGAUUUGGCGUGAGUAUGACACGGACGGCAGCGGAUAUAUUGAAGCGGACGAAUUGAAGAACUUUCUCCGGGAUCUAUUAAAAGAAGCGAAGAAAAUCAACGACGUCUCUGAAGACAAACUCAUCGAAUAUACAGACACAAUGCUACAAGUAUUCGACUCAAAUAAGGAUGGAAGGUUACAGCUCUCCGAAAUGGCGAAACUCCUGCCCGUGAAAGAGAACUUCCUCUGCAGACAAGUGUUCAAGGGUGCAACGAAAUUAACAAAAGAUGAUAUCGAAAGGGUGUUUUCACUGUAUGAUAGGGAUAACAACGGAUCCAUUGAAAACGAAGAACUCCGUGGAUUUCUAAAAGAUCUUUUGGAAUUAGUUAAAAAGGACUACGACGCACAAGACCUCCUGGAGUUCGAAGAGACCAUCCUGCAAGGCGUCGAAUACAACAGCGACGGUAAAAUAAACCGUAAACAACUGACUAUGAUACUCUUAGCCCUCGCGAAACAUCAUCAAGAGGAAGAGGUCUCCACACCAUAGGGUGUAACCGAACGCACCGACACUCCGUCCCGAUAUCUAUCCGAACGAAUUUCCCGCGCGAAUGGCAUUAAUUUUUUCUCGAGUCUGGUAGAUAUUUGAUUUUCGAAUACCUGGCUCAAAAAAUUGAAUUAAAAAUAUUUUUAUUUCUUUUAAGUGCUUUGACUUAGAUAAUUGAAAAGAGAUUAUAUUUAUACUAACUUUUGUUCGAAUUUCGGAUUACGAAAAGUGUGCGAAAAGCUCUACAACCUCAAAAAUGACUCAAGAAUAGGUGAAAUAAUGUAGAACGACUUUUUUUUCUAAAAUGUUAUUUGUACGACACGACAUAAGUCACAUUUUGUCCACUUCCUACGAAAACAUAACAACAAUAAAUGAGUACUUAAAGUUUUAUUUCCUAUGACAAUAAUAAAAAUUGUGCAUCAUGGUAUCCACUUACUAAAAUUAGUUAGAUCUUAUCUAUUUAAAAAAAAAGUAUGGAAAACCUCUUAAUCGGUUGAACAUUUAUUAUAAUCUUCGGCUAAUGCAGUAGUGAAAAUUCUUCUAAAUCAACUUCUUAAAGUCUAUCUAAGCCAAAUCAAAUGCCAAAAUAUUUUUAAUAGUAGCGAUUCAAUAUGACACAGUUUCUGAUUGAAUAUUUAUUCAACAUUUUGAGUCAUUAUAAACUGACUCGACUCCUACUACUGUUCUUUGCUAUUCUCUUUUACGCUAUAAAUAUCUUCUUCAUAAUAUUUUGAGCCAACACGUAAAUGACAAAAACAAACAAAUACAUUAACAAAUAAAUUAACAGCUUUCGACGCUUUCGUCUCUCAGCAAUUAGACGUUGUAUUUUACUUUUUUCGGAUUCAUAACGUUCGUUUCACUUUUUUCUUCUAUUAUCCACUGGUUCUAACUGCGAUAAAUACGAUUUAUUUCUAUUAAGUACGUAAAUUAUUAUCGAAUUUAAAAAAACUAAAAUAUUCUAUCAGAAACUGCAGUGUCACAUACUUUCAUAGGUAGAAGACUCUUGUAGAAUCUAUAGUAGAUUAGAGCUCUAUAUCAAAGUAGACAAUCUCUACAUAUCUUUCCAUAAUUCAUUAUAAUUUAUUUUCGACAGAAAAUCAAAGAAGAAAAAUCUUAUCAGAAAAUAAAUAUCCAAAAAUAUAUAUUUUUUGAAACAAAAUUACAAUUAUAAUGCAAUUUUAAGGUAACAUGACUCCUGUACCAUACAGGUACUUACCCGUAAUUGAACUAUCAAAUUAUCAAAGAAAUUUCAAAACCAAAAUGCCUUUCCUCGACACCAUUAGGUACCUAUAGAAAAUUAGACUUUAUAGAAAAUUCAUACAUAUUUUCCUACUUCCUAUUAUCCCUCGUCUAAUUCUUGCACUAAAUCUUAAAAUCGGUGUUAUAUUUAGCUUUAAAAUGUAUAAAUGUCUGCUUAAAAGUGUGGAAAAUAUAUGAAAGUACUUAGAUGCACGAACAUUUUUGUGGAAAUCCUCUUUGGCUCGUAUUCCUGCCUGAUAUCAUGUUGUUUUAAAGAAAAGGACGAAAUGUAUGUGAUUCCGUGUAGGUUAAUUAACAAACAAGCCAGAUUAAUAAAAUGCAAACGCAAGUCCUUUAAUUAUAUUACGGAAAAUACGGAACCUUGAAAAUAAGGAUUUUAACGCAAACGGCUCCAUUUUCUUUUUUCUAACUAGGUAAGUAAGUACUUACUUGUUUAUCUUACUUACUUAAUCGAGGCUAGGAAUACGACUCAAAAAAUCCUAUUUAAGUAAUUUAAUUGUUAAAUGUUAAUAUAAUUUUAUAAGCGAUGUCUGUCUAUUUUGUGUGCCAUCUCGCAUAGCAACCCCUUAAGUGUUAUUUUAUAGAUAAAAUCGAUAAAUAGUGCUGUAGUAUUAGUUAUAAAACAAAUGUGAUGUUUUUUAACGAUCGAAUAUAUUUUAAAUAUUGGGUAACAGUAUUAUAUAAGUGGAUUAUAAAACUUGUUUGUGAGGUGUAACAAGAUGUUCUAUAUCUGGUUGUUUAGUACAUUCAUCAAAGGCAUCAGUUUUUCUGUUCAUAAUCACAUUACCUAGAUUUGUGGGUUGCCGCUGCGCAAACGUAGGACUUUUGCGGACCGACAAAAAAUGUCUGCCACAAUAGAACUACUUAUGUAAUUUGCUUCUAUAACACACCAUUUGGAACGUAAUGUACACCCAAAUGUUCCUGUAUAUCCUGUAGGAUAUAUUUGCUGUAUUAUUUCAUAAAAAAGAAUAGAAUAGAAUAAUGUUUAUUUAUCAAAAAACUUAAACAACAUUACUGGCGGACCCCGCACUAGGGAGACCCUGUAUCGCGGAGGUCCUGAACAUUUAUUAUUACCACACACUUUUAAAUAAACCGGCGAGCUAGCCUUUCAUAAAAGUACUGUUAUAACAUUUUAAUGUACAAUUUAGAAUUAUUCGGAUAUUAUCACACGUUUUAGCCUUCACUCCUUUUACCUUCAGGUUUUAUUUGUUUAUACAUGCCAGGAACAUAGAUUUCUUCUAGGGUAGACAGAACCACAUGAUACCUUACAUCAACUUGGAACACAAUCUUCUUUAAACAACCUCUAUGGGCAUUUUGUUAACCCUAUAUGAAGUAUGAAUGGAUAUUCUAUAUUCUGUGUUGUGACGAAUACCUAGUUAGCUUUAACGUGAGUUACCUACGGUUGAAACAAAUGUAUAAAAUGCACAAAACGCCAAGAUGUCUAUUUAAAAGUAUUUUAAAAAUGUAUUUUACGAGUAUAAUUCUUGUCAAAACUUUAUGUCUGAAUAGAACAACAUACCAAAAAAAAAAAUGAUUGUUGUUGGUGGAGUACGCACUAUGAAAGAAGUCCCGCGGAUUUUAAUAUUACCUACUAAUUGACAAGUCAUAAUAAUUAUAAGCAGACACUGCGAUACUAGCGCCAUGGCCGCGGGACUCCUUUUUUGGUACGAACUUUACACAAAACCGAGAAAGAAGGGCAGACCUAGUUUAAAAAGAUCAAAUGUGAGCAAUUUAAAACAAUGUUUGAUAAAUAAUAUUCUGUCAAAAAGUUUUGAGCAGUCUCUUUUAAGUAUACCAAUAAAAGUAUAAAGUUCAGUUUUAUUACACUUUAGUAAUUACAUUUACGUAUGUAAUUACCUUCUAAAUAGGUAUAAAGCUUUUAAAAACAUGCAGUUUUUAAUGUCCGAACUAAUGAAAUUGGCUAAUACAAAUACCAUACGUCAGUAACUAUUAUUAAAGUACCUAUUUUGUUAUUGAAGUUGAAAGUUAUAAAACGAUUCACAUUUUUAACCGAUUUACUUACUUACUUAUUUGCGCAAGUUAAACAAAAGUUUGUCAUAAUUUGCCAAAUCAGACACCAAAUUAGUAGAUUUAAAUAAUUAAAAUGUCUAUGUAACAGUAAGUGUAACAGGAAGCACACGUAACAAUUUCAGAAAUAAUUACUUAUUUUAAUACAAUGUACUUACUAAAAAAAAUAUUCGGUGCAAACUUCCGUCAGUUUUUUUUUUACUUUAGUUUAUUUUUAAUUAAGUGCUGAUACAUAGAUAUUUCAAAUAACAUAUUUAUUAAGUAUUUGUGUUAGAUGAUUUGUUUAUACAAAAUAUAAUUUAUGUAAGUUGAAGUAUUGUAAGUUGCUCCCAAUGCCUGGCACUAUGUGUUGAACAUGACGAUAUUUGUUAUAAAAUGUUUAUAUUUGUA